AUACGACAGUCUAACCUUACCGGAUAUAAAACCCCCGACAUGCACACUAGGGCAGUGGUAUCCAUGUUUGCCGAUGACACAACAGUCUUUUUAAGAAAAGAGGACGACUUCGCCCUCCUAGAGACCAUCCUAACGAAAUGGUGCACCGCCUCUGGGGCGAAAUUCAACAUUAACAAAACAGAGGUAAUCCCUAUUGGCUCACCGGAAUACAGAGCGGAAGUUAUCAACACCCGCCAACUUAGCAGUGCCCAACCCCCGCUACCCCCCAACGUUCGAAUUGCCUGUGAUGGGACCGCUGUACGGAUAUUGGGGGCAUGGAUAGGCAACGAUAUUGAUGAAGGGGCCAUAUGGUCGCCGAUCUUAGACAAAAUCCGAGACCGUCUAAACCAUUGGGAACGGAUCCAUCCAACCAUCGAGGGGAGGGGAAUACUGAUCCAGUGGUUUGGAUGCGGAAUGACGCAAUACCUCGCCCAAGCCCAAGGAAUGCCGCCCGACAUUGAGGCAGAACUCUCGAAACUAAUCCACGCCUUCGCGUGGGACAACGCCGGUCAUGCUAUGAUUAACAUAGAAACCCUA